AUGGUAGAUGCUAGUCUAAAUGCAAGGAAACGAAAGCUGGAGGAAGCCAUUGAAACAGAUACAGCAAAGGUAGAAGCAAAAAGAGGGAAAUGGAACACAUCAAUUAUUAACGAUAUGGAAGAAGAGCUGCAACAAAAGAAGAGCGCUGUGCGUAACAUCACCGCUAUGCUGUCCUCAGAGGGUGACAAGAAAAGUCAACAAAAGUUCAGCCAAAUGAAGAACAGAAGAGCUGUAAAGCUGUUUGAGGCAAAAAGAAUAAAGCGUCGUGCUAAAACAACCCAAGGAAACACAUGUUUAAUUGAUAGUGAUGACGAAGACUUCAUUGCAAAGUGUAUUGAGGACAAGGCUACUUACCAAGGAAGAAGACAUGAUUUGAUAAUGUACACCAACAAGCGAGUAAAAAAGCGGGAUUUAUUGAACAUUGCCAAUUACAGAUUGCUUCAAAAGAAGAAGAAACUUGUCAAGAGUGCAACAACUGUCUACAACCGCUCUAAACCAAGGUCAUCCAGAUCUAUUCAAGCAAAGCGCCACCGGGGUAAAGGUCUAUUCUGCUCAAAGAAGCCCCCAAAAGCGGAAGACGCUGACAACGAGAACACUCACUUCCAAAGAGCACACGUCAAAAAUGUUAAAUUUUCAUUUUUUGGGAAACAGUCUGAACAGACUUCUCAUUGA